AUGGCCUGGCUGUGGCUGCUCUGUAUGCUGCUUCCUGCCUUCACGGUGUCUGUGACAGCCAACUCACCACCAGAGUUCCGGAGCAAUAUGUCAUAUGUGACCCUGCCAGAGGACCUACCAGUGGGUGCCGUGGCCUUCUGGUUGGUGGCUACAGACCGUGAUGGCGACCAACUGACCUAUGGAAUUAGUGGCCUAAAUGCCUACUACUUCUCUGUCAACUCAAACACUGGGGAAGUGAAGCUGAUCAGCUCUUUGGAUGCUGAGACAGUUCCGUCCUUCAAGAUCACCAUCUCUGCAAACGAUGGUCAUAUCCAAGCGACAAAUGAAAUGCAGGUGAUUGUGGAGGACAGAAAUGAUAAUGCACCUGUUUUCGUGAACACUGAAUUCUCCACCAGCAUUAACGAGACCCUGCCAGUCGGCUCCGUGGUGUUCUCCGUGCUGGCUGAAGACAAGGACACAGGGUUAGCCGGUGUAGUGCAGUAUUUCAUACUGAAGGUCAUCCCCAGCACGGACAACAGCAAUAAUCUUUUCCGCAUCCUGAUAAACGGCUCUAUUGUGCUGAAUGACAAGCUCAGCUACAACAACAAGAGCGCCUUCUACCAGCUGGAGCUGCAGGCCUGUGACUCAGGCGGAAUAUUGAAUGACAUGAACAUCACCCAGUGCUCCCAGCCGGUUUUUGUAUCCAUCUCAGUGAUUGAUGAGCCAGACCUGGACCCUCAGUUUGUCAGGGAGUUUUAUUCAGCCUCUGUGGCUGAGGAUGCCACCUUGGGGACAUCUGUGCUGACUGUGGAGGCCAUGGACAGUGACAAAGGCAUCAAUGACAAUGUGACCUACAGCAUCUCCAACUCCACGAGGCCUGGGUGGUUCGACAUCAGGGAAAAUGGGGUCAUCUUCGUCAGUGGCUCCCUGGACAGAGAGCACCUGCUUCUGGACAAUGAAGAAGUGCAGAUACAGGUCACGGCGACUGAGAAGAAUCUCAACAUCUAUGGGCAAGAGGCCAAGGUGAGCAUGUGGGUCACAAUAAGGGUGACUGAUGUCAACGACCACAAGCCGGAAUUUUACAACUGCAGCCUCCCAGGCUGCUCCUUUAGCCCCCAGGAGGCCCAAGUCAACUUCACAGGUGAUGUGGAUGAGCACGCCUCUGCCAGAAUCUCCAUCGAUGGUCUGACCAUGGUGGCCUACGACCCAGAUCAGGGCGACAAUGGCACCUUCCUGUUGUCCCUGAAGGGCCAAGAUGCUGAAGCCUUCAAUGUGUCCCCAGAGCGAGCAGCAGGGUCUGUCAGUGUGCAGGUAGUGGUGAAAAACUCAGAAAUGGUGGACUACGAGAAGACGAAGGAGAUGGUUGUGGAGGUUGUGGCCACUGACUCAGUCAGCAACAACUUCUCUGUUGCCACGGUGACAAUCCACCUUAGAAACAUCAAUGACCACAGGCCCGUGUUCUCUCAGAGCCCAUACAAACUCACUGUGCCAGAGCACAGUCCAACAGGUUAUCUCGUCACCGACAGCAUCAAUGCUACAGACCUGGAUGGCGAUGAAUGGGGUCCUAUCACCUACAGUCUGCUUCCAGGAAAUGGAGCAGACCUGUUUUCAGUGGAUCCAAGCUCAGGGAAUCUGACAGUGAAAAACGGCACGCUGCUGGACCGGGAGAAGCAGGCCAUGUACUACCUCAUGCUGCAGGCCACCGACGGCGGAAACCAGUCUACCACCACCACACUGGAGAUCACUCUGCUGGAUAUCAAUGACAACCCUCCCGUGGUCCAAGGCUCCUACAACGUCUUUGUGCCAGAGGUGGAUGGCAAUGUCUCUGUGACCAUCCAGGCCCAUGAUGACGACCAGCCAGGCACUGACAACAGCCGCCUGGUCUUCAGCCUGCUGCCUGGGCCCUAUAGCAGCAACUUCUCCUUAGACCCCAACACAGGGCUCCUCAAGAAUGUUGGGCCCCUGGAUCGAGAGGCCAUUGACCCUGCCCUGGAGGGCCGCAUCGUGCUGACUGUGCUCGUGGCUGACUGCGGCUCUCCUUCCCUAAGCACUGAUGUCAACGUCACCAUCACUGUGGAGGACAUCAAUGACAACCUGCCUGUAUUUAACCAGUCCUCUUACUCGUUCUUUGUGAUGGAGAGAGUUCCAGGAGCACUGUUGGGCACAGUGCAGGCCUGGGAUGCUGACCAGACAGUCACCAACAACCGCAUCAGCUUCAGCCUGUCUGGGACCGGCGUCAACAACUUUAUGCUCCAAGGCAAAGUGCUGGAAGGAGGGUGGGCAGAGGGUAGCCUCUGGCUGCUCCCUGAUGUGAGCCUGGACUAUGAGACCCAGAAGUUCUUCAACCUGACAGUGAGUGCUGAGAACCCAGGCCCCCAGGGCCUCGAUUCCACAGUAAAUGUCACUGUGGCUGUGGGGGAUGUGAACGACGAGCCGCCAACCCUGGAUGCAGGCUCCCUCCGGGGCAUCUCUGUGGCUGAGAACGGCUCUGAGCAUGGCCAGGUGGCUCAGGUGAUAGCCCAGGAUGUGGACACUUCUGCGUGGCUGAGGAUAGAACUAGUGAAUGUUAUCUGCACCAAGGCUGGCGUUGAUGUGGGCAGCGUGUGCUACGGCUGGUUCUCCGUGGAUGCCAACGGCUCUGUGUACGUCAAUCAGAGUGAGGCCAUCGACUAUGAGGCUUGUCACCUGGUUACGCUGGUUGUGCGGGCACAUGACCUCGCCACAGAUCCUGGCUUUGACGCUUACAGCAGCAAUGGAAGCCUUCUCAUCAACAUUGAGGACAAGAACGACAAUACCCCCUAUUUUCUGCCUGACAACCAGACCUUCGUGAUCAUCCCAGAGCUUGUGUUGCCCAGGCAGCAGGUGGCUUCUGUCCAGGCCAGAGACGAGGACUCGGGAGACAACGGAAUCAUCAAGUUCUCCAUCCUGAAAGCAGAUUUUGUCCGCAACGAUGGGACUACCAACCCCGUCCAGGUCUUCCGGAUUACCCAAUCAGUGGAAGCUGGCCUGUUCACUGGCAGCAUCGAGCUGACGACCAACCUUGAUUCUACUAUCCAAGGCACAUACCAGGUGACAGUCCAGGCUCAGGAUCAGCCUUCUGUGGAUCCCGCCCUGGAGACACAGACCACUCUGAACCUCUUCACUGUGGACCAGAGCUAUCGUGUGAGGCUGCAGUUCUCCACCAACAAGGAGGAUGUGGGUGCCAAUGUGGAGGAGAUCAAGGGGGCUCUUAUCCAGGCGACCAGGACCUCAGUCUACGUUGUGACGAUCCAGAACAUAGACUCUACGGCUCGGGCCCGGGUCAGCUCCUACAUGGAUGCCUACUUCGUCUUCUCCAAUGGGUCAGCCCUGACACUUACGGAGCUGAAUGUGAUGAUCCGGAAAGACCAGGACGCAUUGAGGCAGCUGCUGCAACUGGGGCUGGUGGUGGUGAGCUCCCAGGAGAGCCAGGACCCUGAUCAGUCGAAGCUGCUCACCAGUGUCAUCAUAGGACUGGUGGUGUCUUUGGUGCUGGUCCUUCUGAUUAUGAUUGCCGCCCUUGUGUGUUUGCGGAAGAGUUACCACCGGAAGCUUCGAGCUAUGAAGGCUGGCAAAGAGGCCCGGAAGACACCAAUAGAGACGACAGCUCCAAGCGCCACUAUCCCAGGGACUAAUGUGUACAACACUGAUCGGGCCAACCCCAUGCUGGAUCUCCCCACCAAGGAUCUGGGAUUGGAGUGCCAUUCCUCCAGUGACUUGGACUAUGACAGCCUCAAUUCCCUAGAUGAGAACUCUGUGGACUUGGACACGGACAGCAAGGAAUUCAAGAGGAAGGAUGUUGCACACGACCCUCCUGAGCCUGACCCAGAGCCCCUGACUGCAGUACUCUCGGGAAGGUCGGCAGGUACGGGCGGGCAGCAGAAAGAUCUGUCCUUCACCAAUCCUGGCCUGGACACUACAGAUCUGUGAUGGAGCCCCAACCGUACUUAACCGGCUCAAACCCUACUAUCUGCCCUCCCCUAAAAUAUAAUAUAUGGCCUUGC